GUGUGAUUAACCUGCACAAACACUGAUGAGAUAGCAUCGCUCUGACGGAGGCUGUGUCCUUGUUAAGGCUUAUUUUAAAGCAGAGGAGAGGUGUGUAUAUCCAGAUAACCGGAAUCGUUAUAAGAUACCAAAUGACCAAACAACAAAAUGUACUUUUAUCAUGAUUUAAUAAUUGAUUUAAAGAAACAAGGUAUAUUUGAACUGAUUCCUCAAUGUAUCAGAUGUUAAUUUAUUCAGUGCACACAUGCAAAACAUGUAAUCACUUGAUUGCCCCUGAUUUGAUUGGAGGGUUUGUUUCAGAGCCCCGUAGCGCCCCCAGUGGUCCACGUUCAUUAUAACCUGUGGUGGGUGAGCAGCAGCAGCUCAUUCUGCUGUUCACCUGCUGCAGGGAGAGAUCUCCUCCAACUCCUGCACAUGAUGGACGGAGGAAAACGUCAGAGAGGAUUAUUAUCUCUGAUCUGAAGCCUCUUCAUCAUCUCUGUAAAGUGAUGAGUUCAGUGACAUCUGAUCUUCUGCUUCUCUGGGUCUCACAGAGUUCUCCAUGAGACAUGGUGCUACCUGAAAAAACCUCCAGACCAUCUGCUCCCAAGACGGUCCCCAAGCAGCAGCAGCAGCAGCAGCAGCGCGCCCUGGGCUCCCAGAGCCUGCCCUCUCCGGCCCUGUGCUGCGCCUGCGGCCUGUGCAUCAUGCUGGCCGGCAUCAACAUCACCCUGGUAGGAGCUUUCGCCUUCGGCACCUUCAUCCCUACUGGCAACCCCCCCAUCAUCAUCGGGCCUCUCCUCUUACUGAUAGCCCUGGCCUUCUUCACGACGUGCUGCGUGGUCAGCAGGAGGCCCCCGGCCCACAUGGCCCGCAAGGCCAAAGGGGGUGAGAAGUGGGGGCUGAUGGGGACGGCGGCGUUUGAGAUGGAGACGAGCGAGCACACGCUGCAGGACACCACGGCCGUUCAGCUCAGCCCCACCAACUCCCCCACCACCUCCUCUCACAAGUCCAGCUCCAGCCACGGGGGCGACGGCGCUCCCCCCGGCUGUCAGGAUGGAGCCGGUGAGCUGCUCAUGUCAGACAUGGGCGUCAUCGGAGAUAACACCACCUUGACCUCUGGCAGCAAGGCGAGCACUCCCACACAGAUGCUGCCUGCUCUGAACACUUCCUCUACGUAACGUGGAUGGAAACGUCUGACGUGAUUGACAAGACUGAUUGGCAUUUAAAAAAAAAAGGAGAUUGCAGACAAAAGACCCUGAUAAAUGACCAGCAGACUCUCAGACUGAAAUGUGUUGUGCUGAUUGUAACUUAUUCGGCGUGUUGUGUUGUUGAAUGUUUAUUGCUCAGUCCCAGGAUCACUUUUCCAGAACAGAAACUGGAGAUGAAACCGUAAUCCAAGUGCCUGUUUGUGUACUUCUUGUUGUGUAAAACAUCCAGUUAAGGCAGAUAAUCCUGCACUCAUGUGGAUGGACUGCGGUUGGCGCUUAUCAACGUAUACGUUGGUGAAAGAAGAUGUCCAGCCAAGCUUCUCUGAGUCAUAAAAGCUGUUCCCGUGUAAGCGUGACACACACUUUGACAGAACUGUUGUAUUUUUUUGUGGGUUUUUUUUCAAUGCUGGCAUUAGCUGUAACGAGUGAGUAACCUGUCAUGUCAAGAUGGGCAUUCAAAAGCCGAUUAGUGAAUGUGUGUCAUGUUUUCAAUGCAUGUUUGUGGUACCUAUUCACUUUAUAAAUAAAGCUGAAACGUUGUUUGAUUGUUA